AUGCCAAAAAAGGGCCGGACAUUCAAUGGAUGCUGGACAUGCCGUAGUCGUAAAGUCAAAUGUGACUUGACCCAGCCAUAUUGUACGCGUUGCGCAAAACUGGGCCGAAAAUGUCAAGGGUAUGAGAUAAGAUUAGGCUGGAGUAAUCCUAUAUCGAUAUCGGAAAAAGAUGGCGAGAUGAUUACUUUGAAAAUGGGCGAUGAUUUAGAUUCAUUUCAAAGGAGAAGUAUUGAGUUGAUGAAGUUUCCACAAAGCAUGAAUUAUGAAACAUACCAGCAAUUAAAUGACAUUUUGGAAGAGAUUGAAAACUCCGUGGUUCUAUUUGGUAAAGGAUGUGUAGGACCUUUUCGAUGCUUCCAUUUUCAAAAAAGAAGCAAGCUAGACCGUGGUGUAAAUAUUAGCGAUAUAGACUCACACCUGCUGCUGAAUCUCGAGCCACCGCCAAAACGAAUGCGAAUAACUACAAAUAACAAUGAAAAUGAAAAUGAAGAUGAAAAUGAAAUUGGUCAAAAGCAAGGCAAAGUCAUCACUAAAGUUUCAUCGGCCUCCACGUCAUCUCGAAAGAAUUCACACGGAACUUUAUUUAGCAAAACCAAUCGAGCCAAUGUUCAUUACGAUCUCAUAAACUAUGCCAAGCUAACUAUUUUGGCGAUCAAGGGGCCAGAUUACAAGUUCAACGAGCAGAAUAUGAUGCACAUUUUAUACCCUAAAUUUUUCCCCAAUGUCGAUUCCGAUGACGAUUGGCUAGCCAAUGCCAAGAUGGUGAAUAAUAAAUUGUAUAAAAAACAAGGUGAAAACUUGGUGAUACAUGCAUUGUUCCGCACACUAUUAAACAACUUUCGACUGGAUUUUAUUUCCAUAUCGCGAGUAGGGUUUGAAAAUAACUACAUUGACAUCAUCUUGCUACCAUUUAUUAAGCUGAUUGUGGGCGAGUUUGUAUGUUGGGAGUUUGCCUAUUGGGAGGAAAUUGUGGAGGCAGACACAGUUGUAGCAAACAAAGAGAAGGAUUACAAUGACGACGAGGACGCGGACGCGGAGGAGGAUGAUGAUGAAGAGGACGACUUUGAGGAGACUGGCGGGAAUAGCUACAUCAAUAAUAAAGGUGAUGACGAUGAUAAUGACCAUGAUAAAAUUGAUCAUCGCCAUCUACUAGCGAGCAUAAAGCUAUGUAUCAUUUGCCUUACUCUUGGGCUAAGUGCUUUCAAUUUGUCGAGGAAAACUUGUCUUGGUAAAAAAAAUGUUUGCAACUUUAACGAUGAAAAUGAAACUAAUGUCAAAUCUAACGAGGACUAUGAAGAUGAUGAAAGUGAUAACAAUGAAAGUGAUAACAAUGAAAGCGAUGACAAUGUAUACGAAGUUGAUGAGUUCUUACGCAUAAGUAUGGAAUUGCGGAAAAUAAGCAUCAAGCUACUUAACCGCCACCUUGACGAUGCUGAUGAAAUAUCCGAGUUUCAAAAAGAACAACAGGCGCUGUCUGUGCCGCUGGUGCAGUAUGCCAUGGCCGAUUACGACACUAUGCUAUUACUAGCACUUAUCCUUCAAAUUGAGCUCGAUAAUUUCUUUAGCGUAUUUGAAAAUUUGGACUUGAUAUAUGCUAUAGGAGAUCUUGUUAUCAAAACAAAAUUUGAAUCUAAAAAGAGGAUGGAGACGAUAAAUCGUCUUUUGAUAAACAUUUUCAAACUCAAGUAUUUUAUGUACGAGAGCACGCAAGCCGUAAACACGGUUAAUUAUCAGAUCAAUGACAAAGAUAUUGAGCACAAUUAUGGAGAUUUAAAAGACGAUUACAACCUCAUUAGUCUGGUGGAUAGUGACGAUGAUGAUGAUGAUGAUGAUUUUGACAAAGUAUACCAAAACAACAGCGACGACGAUAUGGGUAUCAACGUUGAUGCUGAUGCUGAUGCUAAUGAUGAGCAAACUGUGCAGAUGCAACCCACCAUCAAAAAUAUGAUAACAACCGAUGGUUCGGGUGUUUCGAAAUACGUCCCAACUGCUUACACUAUUAGUUUUGAACAAAACAAAAAGUUUAAAGACGCAUACGAGGUGACAACUGCGUCUGAGCUUGGACCAUCGCACAAGAUGAAGUUCACUCCAUACAUUGCAACAAAAUUUACUUCAAUGUUUGAUGCUGAUUUAAUUUAUCUCAUGUUUGGUAUCCCUCGUGAUCUUCUUCUUAUUUUCCAUGAACUGAUUCAUCUUGCCAAUCACAAGAAUAUUUUUAAUCUACGGAAUGUGUUUCCACGAAACUUCCCCAGAAUUUCAGCAGAGGUCGAGGAUAGGAUCAUCAACUGGAAUCAUACGCGGCUGAACUGGUCACUCGAUCCAAGCAAUUCUUUCCACGAGUUCUUGAUCAACAAUGUCAAUUCUUUCCAUUAUGCAGUUAUAAUAUGUCAUCACAAAUUAAUGAAGAAGAAUUUUUGCGCUGAACAGUAUCAAGAUUUGGUGGAUAAAUGUCUCAUGUAUUUGGAGUGUGCCAUAAGAGUUUCACAAAAACUCCAGCUACAGUAUAGGCCAAUGUUUUGGAACUUAUUAAUGUGCGGAUCUAUUGCUGUAGGUACUAUGAGGCAGGAACGGAUUAGACAAAUAUGGGACUUUGAAUGUUAUCGAAACCAACCGAAUUAUUGGAGAUCGAAGCAGAUCUUGUUUGAGAUUUGGGAUCGGAGAAACAAUGGGGAAGAUGAAGAACACUUGGGAUUUAUGAAUAUGAUUAGGGAAUGGGAUAUAUGUCUAAGUUUAGGGUAA